ACUGGGAGAGGGCACAGGGCAGGAGCCGAGCUAAGCUUUGCGCCGGCCGCUCUCCUUCCCCCUCUGCCCCCACGCCCCCCGGGGGGCCCAGGCCGGAGGGAGGCCGAGAGCGGGAGAGACUCUCGGGGAGGGGGGGGGGGUAAGAAGCCAUGCGAGAGUACAAAGUGGUGGUGCUGGGCUCGGGCGGAGUGGGCAAGUCGGCCCUCACCGUGCAGUUCGUGACGGGCUCCUUCAUCGAGAAGUACGACCCCACCAUCGAGGACUUCUACCGCAAGGAGAUCGAGGUGGACUCGUCGCCGUCCGUGCUGGAGAUCCUGGACACUGCGGGCACUGAGCAGUUCGCGUCCAUGCGGGACCUGUACAUCAAGAACGGCCAGGGCUUUAUCCUUGUCUACAGCCUGGUCAACCAGCAGAGUUUCCAGGACAUCAAGCCCAUGCGCGACCAAAUCAUCCGCGUCAAGAGGUACGAGCGGGUGCCCAUGAUCCUGGUGGGCAACAAGGUGGACCUGGAGGGCGAGCGCGAGGUCUCCUUCGGGGAGGGCAAGGCCCUGGCUGAGGAGUGGAGCUGCCCCUUUCUCGAGACGUCGGCCAAAAAUAAAGCCUCGGUGGACGAGUUGUUCGCGGAGAUUGUCCGCCAGAUGAACUAUGCGGCUCAGCCCAACGGGGACGACCAGUGCUGUUCCUCCUGCGUGAUUCUCUGAAAACAAGGGGGAGGGGGGGAGCUUCUUCCUUUGGGCUUGUGCUUUGGUUUGAAUUUUUAUUGGUUUCUUUUUUUUUUUUAAGAAAAAAGCGAAAGCAAAACACAA